AUGAUGUGGUCGACACUUCUUUUUCUGAUCUGUGCCCAGAAAGCCUCGGCUUCACUGUCAGCAUCGGUCGGUCCCCUCACUUCUUAUGCCUCAAAAGCAGCGACAAAGGUCUGUAACAUCGUUGACUACGGCGCAUUUCAAAAUGGCAGUGACAUAUCGUCCGCUUUGUCGAGUGCAUGGUCUGAUUGUGCAGUUGGUGGUCUGGUUUACAUCCCCCCCGGCAACUGGUCCUUGGCUUCAUUUCCUUUGUUGAAGAACGGCGUGAGCAGCGCCGUUCAACUAGAUGGAAUCAUUCACCGGACUGGAUCCGAUGGCUCCAACAUGCUUGCUUUUCGGAAUUGUGAGGACUUUGAGUUCUUCAGUGGAAACUCAAAGGGUGCCAUCCAGGGUAACGGACACGAAUACCUCGCAGAUGGCAAUUACGGUCCUCGCCUUGCACGGUUUAAGGAAAUGAGACACUUCUCUAUCCAUGGCAUUGCACUCAUCGAAUCGCCAUCCUACUACUUGACACUUGAUACCGUCACCAAUGGUGAAAUUUACAAUAUCAUCAUGCGUGGCGCUACGGUGCUCGGUGCCACUGAUGCGAUCGAUGUUUGGGGAGAAAAUGUGUGGAUCCAUGACAUCGAGGCAACAAAUGGCGAUGAAUGUGUGACAGUGAAGUCUCCAGCCUCAAGCUUUCUGAUUGAGAGUAUCUAUUGCAACCUGAGUGGAGGCAAUGCAAUCGGCUCGUUGUCAACGGGCACCAACAUUAGCGACAUCACCUACCGUCAUAUUUAUGCAAACUGGGCUGAUCCUUGCUAUAUCAAAUCUAAUGGCGGCAAUGGCACUGUUCAAAACAUUCUCUGGGAUACAGUCACCAUGCGCGAUGCAGCCUAUCCUCUUGCCAUUAACUCUGGAUGGCAAAGUGAGGAUGGCGGCGGUGAUGGGGUGUUCUUUAAAAAUCUUACAUUCAAGAACUGGCAUGGAUAUAAUGAGAAGAAUUCUCGGUCGACCAUUCGGCUAGAAUGCCCUGACGAAGUUCCAUGCACAGAUAUCACGUUAGAUAAUGUGAAUCUGUGGUCUGCAAAUGAUGCAACUUAUGCAGUCAAUAACUGCUUUAAUGCAUACGGCACCGGUUCCUGUUUGAGAAACGAGACUGAUUCUAUGUCUACUUAUUCUUCGUAUCUCACACUGACUGCGACGCCAUCGCAUUCGACCACCUGGAUGCCAAAUGACUUCACCACUGAGUUAUUUGCCAAUUCCACUUUCACAAUUCCUCCCAUCCCCACGACCUUCUAUCCCGGGCAGAAGCCGAGCUCGGCUCUUCUCUCCCUUACUGGCCCUGGAGUUGGUCCAGCUAGUGCAAGCUCCAGCUCAAUCGUUGCAUCGAGCUCCACUCCUGUUGCUAAAACGUCUACUUCUGUCACGAUUGUCAAUUCGGAUGUCCAAACGACUGGCACAAGUCUUGACAGUGCUGCAACUUUUACUUCUAGUUUGUCUACAAACCAAAACCCCAAACACAAUCAUGGUCAUAAUCAGCAUGUCGGCAAUCACAUUAAGAAAGCUGGUCGCCAUGCAGGCCAUUGA